AUGGCGGCCGUUUUGUCGCCUCUUGGAAAUGAUCUUGAAAUUACUCCCUCCGUGGACGUUUUAAAGCAACUCUUUCGUAAACAAGUGAUACUUUUUGAAAAAAAAUUAAUGAGAAAGAUUAUCGACAACAAUUUCUUUCGAGUAACAUCAGACAAACCCAUGGAAAAAUGUGUUGUUGUUGAUGAGUUUAGGCUCGUGUUCAUGAAAUCCUUGGCUGAUCGGUUCAAGACGUCUGAAAGAGUCUAUGGUCUGCCUGUUUGUUUUGUUUUCGACACUCUGGACCGCAUGAUGGAAUUAUAUAGUGCCAAAACAUUGGUUAGAAGAUUCAGAACUGGUGAUUUCGCCGUGAUUUUACCUUUCUUCGUUGUUGCUUGUGAUAUUGACAUUAUUACUCAAGAAACACUAUUUACCGGUCAACUUGUUUUUGCCAUCGAGAAAGCUGGCGACUGUUUCAAGUGUUUAAUCCCAUUUGGUGGUACAGAUCCCAAUGCUGAAGAUCAGACGGCAAUUCCAAAGGGAUAUGUUAACACAUACAUCGAAACAAGCAAAGAGAGACUUUGGUUUCCUAGUUACAAAGGUGAAGGUGCUUUAAUUGUGGAAAAAGGAUUUAAUUUUGUCUAUUCACCAUGUAAUGUGAUAAAGCCAGACAGUGUUAUUGUACUGCGAGAGAAGGAAUAUGAAGUAAUUUCGGUUGUGAAUGACACCUUCAACUCAACUAGAGAUCUUGUUCGUUUAAACUAUGCCCCUGAUUUUAAUUCAAAGCACUGUGCAUAUCAGGUUAAAAGACCAGUUGAAAUUCUUGCCAGAUGUUUGGAUAUCCCGUGUGAUAAAAUUAUCGGCAUCCGGAAAAUGAAAUUGAUUUACAAAGAGGGCAAAACAUCCACUUAUGGCCGCAUUGAACUGCGAUUCUGGAAUGCAGCUUUUAAUAAAAUGGGCAUUUUAACACAGGAUAUUGCAAUUCCUGCUGCUGAAGUUGAAGCAUUACGUUGA